UCCCACCGCCGUGUGCCAGAGACACGAGCUGGAAGUACGUAGGUACAUGGCAGUAUAAGGACACACGGAGCAUUUUCUGCCAUCAAUCCGAAGAUUUUUGUGUCGUUAUGUCCAACAUCAGACUUCUUCCUCGGGAACUCUAACGCCGUUCGCCCUGUAAGUAUUAGCACAGGUUCUGACGAAGAGAAAAGGAUUCCCUUCAGAAGUUAAGGUGCCUCCUUUACCGUCAAGGAAAUGUAGACUCCUCCUAAACCAAGAUGGUUUGGAGGUGAAAUGUGGAGUCUAAAGAGGAACUUGGACCCGUUUCGAAAGGAUUUAAGUGGUAGAUAUAGUUGAAAAAAACUUUCCUCGUUCCUCGUGGCAGAAGAAGAGGGCGGUGACUAGGUUGUGUAGUUGUAGGACAAUCUUUACGCACAGACAGAUUUGGAAAAAUCCAAGAUGCGCCUGUUGAGCACGCCGGGCGGAGGUAACCGCGGAGAAAUCAGUGGGAGCAAACUGAGAUCGGGAAUGAUGUAUUUGCUGUUUCUUCUGUCUUUCGUGAUGUUCUGUCACGGCUGUCCAGAGAAGUGUAGGUGCGUCUCACAAACUGUGAAAUGCCAAAACAUCAACUUAAACGCCAUUCCGCAAUCUUUACCAAACAACACCGAAGUCCUUUUCGUGACAGGAAACUAUAUUUCCGGUCUUGGUAUGGACUCUUUCCCUACCCGCCUGGAACUGUUAACAGAUCUCUAUCUCAGUGGGAAUGAGAUAGAGUCUGUGGAUGCAAAGACAUUUGAGAAUCUGCCAAACCUUGUGCGGCUAGAUCUGAGUGACAACAAAAUCCUGAAUUUCAGUGAAGGAGCUUUUCCACAUGACAGCAAACUACAGGUCUUUAACUUAAGCAAUUCUUUCCACAAUCAUACCUUCAUGGAUGUAGUACUGGGCUUCCUGCAGAGUGAAAACCUCCACCAGCUGACAGUUCUGGACCUGUCCAACAAUGACCUAGUGAUCCUUCCAGAUGACAUCUUCUCAAACCUUCCUCACCUGGUCAACCUCAGCCUGCAGAACAGCUCCAUCAUCUCCAUUCCAAAUGGGACCUUCAAGGUGCCGAUGCUGCAUGACCUUGACCUGAGAGACAACAGCUUCAGGAACCUGCCAACCACCAUCCUGGAACAGAUCAACCUGAAGCCUGGACUCCACAUGCGGCUGGCAGGGAACCCCUGGCGGUGCGACUGCUUCAUAGAGGACAUGCUGCUCUGGCUGAAAAACACCACACAGAUCAUCGACAGGCAGGACCUGACCUGUGCAGUCCCCGAGGCUCUGAGGCAGCGGCCCCUCCUGCAUCUGGAGCAGUCACAGCUGAAAUGUCCGGGCGACAUGGAGGGUGUGCUGGAGACUUCGUAUGUUUUCCUGGGUCUGGUUCUGGCCCUGAUUGGUGUCAUUUUCCUGCUGGUGCUCUACCUGAACAGAAAAGGCAUUAAGCGGUGGAUAUACAACAUCAGGGAUGCUUGUAGGGACCACAUGGAGGGGUAUCAUUACAGGUACGAGAUCAACUCUGACCCACGUUUGGCCAACCUCAGCAUUAAUUCAGACGUGUGAGUGAGGGCAGGACACUCACAGUGAGAUGUUAAAUGACUUUUACUGUUAAGAUUUGCAUGAAAGUCUUCCUUCCCUUCCCCCUUUUCCCCUUUGAUGCUAUACAGAUUUGACAUCUGUCAUGGCUCCUUAUUAUCCCCUCUCACAACCUCCAUCCAACCACUGCCGCAUGUCUUAUGAAAGUACCUGGCAGCUGUGUGUCAACUGCGUGUCUUCCUUGUUGCGUUGCAUGGACAAUGAAUCCUGGUGCAAGGUUUUCAGGUAAAGGGUAAUUGUUCUAUUUUCACUUUUCCUAAAGGAUAAACGCUCUGAGUACAAUGACUGUGAAAGAAUACCUGUCAAAACCACACACAGCUGGUCAUUGCAUCCUUGUCAUUAUGCCUCUGCAGCAGAGAAAUGCUAUUCUGCUUGAUUAUGAGUUCGUUCUUUUUAAUAUGUGAAUUUGUGAUAUAAAGUCUGCUCUUUUUUGAAUGAUUAAAGUGCACAUUGCAUAGUUUUUGGAUUUAGAUGGAUGUUAUUGCUCUUUUUCUGUAAAGAUAUUCAGCUAAAUAAAAGCCUGGAU